AUGGCUGCAAUAGGGCGGCGGGACAGCCUGGCAGCCCGCGCCCACCCCGGGGGAGCCCACAGUGCCGGGUGUUGGUGGCUGUGGCGGGCGCUGCUCCUGGCCUGGCUCAGCCUGGGCUGUGGGAUCGGCACCACACAGGUCCCAGCCCCACGAGGAGCAAUGUGGGGUCCUGAGCCCCCCACCCACACUCGGCCCCGCCGGCAGCCAGCUCAGGGUGCGUGGGGGCCGUGGGGGCCAUGGAGUGUCUGCUCCAGCUCCUGCGGGGACGGCGUUGCAUUCCGCACCCGGAGGUGUCUGCGCUCUGCCGAGGAGGAGCCGUGCACAGGGGACCAGCGGCAGUACCGCCUCUGCCAGCUGCAGGGCUGCCCUGGCGGCUCGGUGCCGUUCCGUGCCAUGCAGUGCUCCCUAUACGACGACAAACCCGUGCAGGGCAUGCAGACCCGGCACCGCUGGGUGCCCUUCUAUGGAGCCCCCAACGUCUGUGACCUCAACUGCUUGGCUGUGGGGCACAACUUCUACUACACCUUUGGCCGAGUGCUGGAUGGCACCCGCUGCAGGCCUGGCUCCACGGAUCUGUGCGUCGGUGGGCGCUGCCUGAGCGUUGGCUGUGAUGGGAUCCUAGGCAUGGGUGCACAGACCCGUGUCUGCAGCCGGUGCGGCGGCGGGCAGGAUGGGUGCCUCUUUGUGCACCGGCUCUUCCAGGACACGGAGCCCUUCUCCGGUCAUUUUGGGUACAUGAAUGUGACCAAGAUUCCCGCUGGAGCCACCAACAUCAAGGUGACAGACAAGAGCCGCAACUUCCUUGCCCUGAUGGGGAGCGACGGACGCUACGUGCUCAAUGGGGACUGGUCCAUCGCCUGGCCGGGGCCCUACGAGGCAGCUGGCACACAGCUGCUCUACGCCCGCAGCCCUGAUGGCACCGAGAGCCUGGAGGCACCUGGACCCACAGACGAGGACCUCCAUGUGCUGGUGCUGCUGCAGGAGCCCAACCCAGGCAUUGAGUAUGAGUUCUGGUUGCCUCGUGGGCUCCCCCAGCGCAGCAUGGUGGACACCAGUGCCCUGCGACAGCCCCAGCCCCGUGGUGCCGGCAGCCCCCCGCCUGUUGAGCCCCCACUUCCCACAGUGACCCCCAGGGCCUGGGGCCACAUUACAGAGCCACUGCCACCGCGAAGCCCCCCUGGGGUCAGAGCUGCUGCAGGGCGAUGCGGGCGGUGCCGUCCACCCAAGGGACGCUCCCAGCGCAUCCAGCACUUCUGCCAGAGUGACUUCGGUGAGCAGCAGUGGGGCGGGGGGCAGGUGUUCCGAGCGCGGAUCCUGGCACGCCGCUCGGUGGGGCAGGAGAUGCGCUACGAGGUGCAGGUGGUGACGCCGUACCGACGCCGCUUCCCCAUGGUACCGCUGGAAUACGUCUGGGUGCCCGACACGUGCGGCUGCCCCACGCUGCUGGGGGGCCACGAAUACGUGCUGAUGGCACGGCGGCACGUCAACUACGAGCACACGCUGAACCGCAUCCUGCUGCAGCGCGACGGCUACGCGCGGCCGUGGUCACCCCGCGAGGAGCGCGCGGUGCGGGAGGCGGAACGGCACUGCGCCCACCUGCAAUGA